UAUCGUCACUGUCAUUUUCCGCAUAUGUCAAAAUUUACAGAACUAGGAAAGAAGUUAGAAAUGGUUGUUGUGAAAAUGGUAUUUGCGAAGUUUUUCGUCAAUAUAAUGAAUUUAUUGGGACUACUAUUAAUAUGUGGUAUAGGAAUAUCGGAAGGUUCCAAGGCCGAAUUUGUAACUUGCGGUACAAUUUUAAAACUAAUAAAUACGGAUCUUCGUUUGCGUCUCCACUCUCAUGAUGUUAAGUAUGGGUCGGGCUCCGGCCAGCAGUCGGUCACAGCUGUUGAUGUUUCAGACGAUCACAACAGCCACUGGCUUGUGCGGCCGGCCAUGGGAGAGUCAUGCAAACGCGGUGCACCAAUAAAGUGUAAUACUAAUAUAAGACUGCAACAUGUAUCUACUAAAAAGAACUUACAUUCCCACUAUUUCUCAUCACCACUGUCUGGAAACCAAGAGGUGUCAUGCUAUGGUGAUGAUGAAGGAGAAGGAGACAGCGGAGACAAUUGGACAGUUGUCUGUAACAAUGACUACUGGAGGAGGGACACUCCUGUUAAAUUUAGACACAUAGAUACCUCUGCAUUUUUAGCUGGAUCAGGAAGAACUUUUGGACGACCCAUCAGCGGUCAAGGUGAAAUAGUUGGUGUAACAUCACAGUAUGGAGCUUACACAGAUUGGCAAGCCAAGGAGGGACUUUUUGUACAUCCCAGUGAUGCCUUACCCCAUCAGGGUGCAAUACAUACAGAAUUAUAAGGCGCUCAACUAGUGUAUUUUGUAUUUUUAUAAGUUGUCGCAAUAGAACUUUAUUCAAAUGUUCCUUAGGAAAUAAAUGAGCGUACAAUAAUAUGAAGGAUAGAUAAAAUCAAUAUAAAAUUUAUUUCAUCAAUUUGAUACUUAUUGGUGUUUAUGUCGUCGUAAAAUUGUAACCACUGUUAGGUUAUAAUCUUACUCGCGACAUUGCAAAUUGUCGAAAAGUUGUGAUGCAUAACACACUCCUCACAACUUAACGCAUUAUUAAUUUGUAUCUAGAUUAUAUUCUAUUAAAGUGAAACUAUUAAAUUUCAAUCUGAUGCUGUCUCGCAAGGACAGCUUUCAGAUAUUGCCAUCUGUUUGGCCACUCUUAUAGUAGGCCGAUAUGUGCCGUUGUUAGUUAACAAACUCUGGCGGUUAUGUAUGAUGCCGAGGAUUUUGUUUAUUCAAACGGGUCCAUGAGGUGCAGGUUGCGAAUUCGAACCAAAAUUUAUUAGGUUCGGUCAUAUUCGUUCCACCAAUUAGCACGCAAGGUGUCAUCCGUUAAAUGCCUCAUAAUUUAUUGGUUUCAUUUUGAUAGACUAUAAUCUAGGUACUGAAAUAUAGUGAGAUAAAAUAUAUCCUUCAUUAUUGUAUCAAUAAUUUUUUUGUUAAAUAUGGAUACAACCUUAUUUAGUUCAAUUAGUUUAUUUUUUUUUUGUAAGACAAAAACAAAUACUUAAUACAAAAUUUAAAAUGAAAUUGUACUGCCAAAGAUAAAUUUAAUAGGAAUAGAAGAUGGCAACAAUUCAAGAGUUUUAUCGUUAUAAUGUUCAGGAACGAAAAAAGAAUAGGAAAGUAACAAAAUAUGUAAUGCUAUUUACAUAUUUAUAUGCUUGUAUAUGAGCUCUCCCAAAUGUGGUUUGAGUUCUUGGCUAUGUCUGAAUUGCGCAAGCAGUGAUAUAAAAUCCAAAUUUAAUAGUCGGCAUUUGUAUGAUUUAGUAGGAAUUAUUCAAGAUUUCUUAAAUUACUUAUUGACAAAUCAGUCCCGUUUUUUUUUCAACAAUAGAAUGCAUAAUCAAUAAAUUUGAAAACUUCUACAAUUUUAGAAAACUAGAAUUUUCUAGUUUGGUACACAUGCACAACUAAAUAGUAUCUAAUUAAUUUAUAAUUUAUAUGAUGUGAUGAGAGAAGUAAAUGUGAUAAACAAA